AUGUGGAAGGAGAAAUCUAUAAAUUGGAUUGCAUUGGAUCAAGGAAUAAAUUUUGACACCUCCGACUUCUUCGAAAAAUCGUUGCGUUUUUGUAGGAAAACUAUGUAUUUCCGUAAGGAACAGCUCAAUUCCACGAGGAGCCUUUUUCUAGGCGAACUUCAGAACUAUGGAAUCAACUAUGGAAUUAAGUACCGUUUUCAACAGAUUCCACCGAGAUUACCAUUGUAA